AUGCAGCAGAAGCAGAAGCCACAGCCGAAAAAGAAACCAAUCCUGGCCAGACGCGGAGGCCGCAAUAGCAACAGCAGCAGCAAGCCUACGCCCUACUACAGCAAGCCGAAGCCAGCGGAUCCACUAAGCUUUCAGCAACUGCGCGAUACAAAUGAUGAUGAUCUCAGCAGCGAUAGCAGCAGCUCUUACACGUUUUCCUCUUCGUCGCCACAGCAGGAAUCUUCGGUGGACUAUGAAGCAGAGGAUGAGAACGAGGACAAACAACGAAGGCCCAAGCAUAAGGAUGAGAAUGAGAGCUUGUUACAUGUACAGAAUUUUCUAAAAUGCUUUGGACCCAAUGCCUUAUCAGCAGCCACCAUAACAGUAACACCAGCAGCAACCACAGCAACCACAGUAGCUGUGGGCCAAGCUCCACCAGGCAACCUGAAUGUUGUCAAAUCCCCAAGCACAGAGCUGCGUAGCUGGCGUCAGAAUUAUCGCAAUACAAUACAAAUAGUACCCACAACAAACACAACCAAUACAGCAAUAGCAAUAGCAACAGCAACCACCACACCACCACUUUUACAAGUCCAAUCGAAUCACAAGCCACAAAAAUUUCAAAUAAACACAAAAUUUCUGCGCAAGCCACGGAAUAAACUAAUGAAAAUGCUGCCAUCAACAACAACAUCAACAAUGGACAACGGAAUACCAACAACAACAUCCACCAGCAGCACAACGACAAUAGUUGUUCAGGAUGAGGAACAACAGGAACAACAAACAAGGGAAAAACUGCAACAGCAGCAACCGGGUCUAUUUAACGAUGAUUCCAACGCCAAAUUCAAAGACUUUUCAAUUGACUCGCUAUUGAAUAAGUAAAACGACGAAACGAGGAGUAAAUAAUGGAGAAAAUUAUGAAAUUAUAGAUUACUUAAAAUGUAGCCCUAUUAUUUUUUGUAGAACAAUUCAACGAAAGAAAGAGCCCAAACCGCGUUCCUAAUUUAACCCACUGCCACCACACCCCACAACCCCUGAAAAGAAAGCACACAAAUUUUGUUUUAGCCAAUCGUACCGAUAAACACAACAUGAACAUAUAUAGCAAACAACGUAUUCUAAUGCAUUACAAUUAGGCUGUUUAUUUAUUAUUAUUACAUACAUACUGUACAACUAGUGGCGCAAUUUCAUAAUUAGCUUUUAAGCAUGUAAAUAUCUACUUAAACACGAGAUAAUAAACGAAGAAUACACACAUGUGCUACAAUUUAAGAUUAUUCGAGU